AUGGCCAGUCCCACUGUUCUCACCUUUGACGCCGAGGGCCGCCCGAUUAAGUUCGAUAUCUGGCUUGAUGACCUUCACCUGUACCUCCAGAUCACUGCCAAGGACGAUGUUUCCCUCUAUGACCACACGUCCGGCGCUGCUCCCGCACCUGCUGCUACUGCUGACAGUACUGCUCGCUCACAGUGGCAGACUCGUGACGCCCAUGCUCGCCUAGCCGUUCGCAGCCACUUGCCGUUAGAUGAGCGCGAGCACUUCAGCCAGCAUAAGACCGCUAAGGAGCUGUAUGACGCUGUAGUUGCCCGCUACUCCUCCCCUGCCACUGCUGCGAUAGGCCGUCUCUCACUGCCCUACCUCUUCCCCGAUCUGUCUGCCUUUGCCACUGUAGCUGACCUCAUCACUCACCUCCGUACUAGUGAUCUCCGCUACCGUGCCGCACUCCCCCCCGAUUUCCUAGCCAAGACCCCCCCCCCCCGAUACCUCACUGUCGACCUGCUCGAGAAGGAACUCCUCGCAGCUGAGAAGAGCAUUGUAGCUGUAGGUGCCUCUCGUGGCGACCCUCGCACUCCCUUCUUUGAGGGAUGUUCCCCCUCCCCCCUUCUCCCCUCCAUUGCAUCUGCUGCUGCUGUCGACUACCUUGGUGCUGAGGGGGUCGGAGCUGCGUUCGCUCCCAGUGGGAGGCGCAGGGGCGGCAGGGGCAAGGGGGGCCGGGGUGGAGGAGGCGGCGGCGGGGGAGGUGGUGGUGGAGGGGGUGGAGGGGGCGGCGGCGGUGGCGGCAGUGGUGGGAGUGGUGCUGGUGGUGGGGGGGGCAAUGGCGGAGCCGGGGGUGCUGGAGGCGGCGGUGGUGGAGGUGGAGGUGGUGGUGGUGGCAGUGGUGGCGGCGGUGGAGCUGGUGGAGGGCGCGGUGGAGCGGUGCAGCGUGGCGGGUUCGGCGGCGGCCAGAGGCAGCAGCAGCAGCGUCCCAGCGAGCCCCCGUUGCCCCUGCAGCUCCGUGAGUGGUACUCUCAGCGUGGGGGGUCUGGGGGUGGAGGUACCUGCCCGUACGUCAUCCGCGCAGGUGACCGCACUGGCCAGACUUGUGGGAAGUUUCACACGGCGCAGCGCUGUUUCUUUCGCCUCGACGACGCCUGGCGCGAGCAGUUCCCUGACGCCUCUGAGCUGCCCCGCUGGGCUGAUCUACUUAGGAAGGGAAUUGAUAUCUUUGCUCUUGAUUUUGAUGCUAUCCUUGCUACUAUGUAUGCAUUGACUAUUAGUGUUGAGGGUGACUGUUACCUGAGUGUACCGCCCGACCCGGGUAUUGGGACCAGUGAGGCUGCAGCUCUAGGUGCUAGCGCGUCUGCUGCUCUAGGUCCUGGUGAGGCUGCUGCCCUAGGUCUACGUCUGCUGGUACCGCACCUACUGUGGCACUGCACACCUUCACACUGGACUCAGGUGCUUCCCGCUGUUUCUUCCGCGACCGCACUGCCCUAG